CAUUUCAUCACUUCUGUGAGCGCAGCAUCCAUCCCUCUGCUCUCCUUGCGCCUGGGCCUACCUUCGCCUCAGGCUCCCAGGCCAGCGAUGCGCUCCUGGCUGAUCUAGAUUAGGACAGAGCCACGCUCUCCAAGGCCUCGGCGGGGCGCCCCUCUCGCCGCCCACAGCCCAGGCCAAGGAGACCUGCCGAGCUCCGGCCAUGGAGGCCAUCUGGCUGUACCAGUUCCGGCUCAUUGUCAUCGGGGAUUCCACGGUGGGCAAGUCCUGUCUGAUCCGCCGCUUCACCGAAGGCCGCUUCGCCCAGGUUUCGGACCCCACGGUGGGGGUGGAUUUUUUCUCCCGUCUGGUGGAGAUCGAGCCAGGAAAACGCAUCAAGCUCCAGAUCUGGGAUACCGCGGGUCAAGAGAGGUUCAGAUCCAUCACUCGUGCCUACUACAGGAACUCAGUAGGUGGUCUUCUCUUAUUUGACAUUACCAACCGCAGGUCCUUCCAGAAUGUCCAUGAGUGGUUAGAAGAGACUAAAGUACACGUUCAGCCCUACCAAAUUGUAUUUGUUCUCGUGGGUCACAAGUGUGACCUGGAUACACAGAGGCAAGUGACUCGCCACGAGGCGGAGAAACUGGCUGCUGCAUAUGGCAUGAAGUACAUUGAGACGUCAGCCCGAGAUGCCAUUAAUGUGGAGAAAGCCUUCACAGACCUCACCAGAGACAUAUAUGAGCUGGUUAAAAGGGGGGAUAUUUCUAUCCAGGAGGGCUGGGAAGGGGUGAAGAGUGGAUUUGUACCAAAUGUGGUUCACUCUUCAGAAGAGGUUGUCAAAUCAGAGAGAAGAUGUUUGUGCUAGUUAGCCCUUUCAUUUUCAAAACAUGCUCUCCCACUUGAACUUAAAGUGAUCGUCGUGUGACUGAAGAGAACUGAACCUCCAUAUUGGAUACCAAGUGAGCCUCCUUCCCAAGGGGCCCUCUGACAGGCAGUGAGUGGGGGGAUGGGGGAGCCUGGGCUCUGUACAUGGGACUGACACGGGUGAGGCACUGAUUUGUGGCAUAUGCCGGGCAGUGGCUGCUCUGUGUGCCCUUUGUGGACCACAUGUCCAGGAGCUGAGGUUUGGGGAGCUAAGCCCCAGGAAAAUACACUCACAGACAGGAAAACUCUUUCUUGAUAUUUCAGCUCUUUCAUAGGUCACGAUCAUAAAGAAAUAUGUAAAGAGGAGAAAAGUAACAUGCUGGGAACAAUUAACAAAACUAACAAAGACUAUGAGAUCAGCUUCAUCCAUGAGAGUACCCUAUACCAAAUGUAUGUGCUGGCUUUGGUUAAGAGGUACCGGUUAGCUUCUAAACAGCUCAUCUGGAAAAUGAGGGGCAUGGACCAGCUAUUUACUAAGACCCUUUCAAGGCUUGAUGUUCUAAUAAAAAUGGUGUGAAUGUGAAAAGGGAGGCUAUUUACACACUGUUAUUAUUACAUUAAAAAAUGUAUACCCUUGUAAUAGAAAUAACAAGCUGUGUGUAAGAAACUGUCCCAAGCAAAUUAUCAUGAGAGGAGAAGAAAGAAACACUGUAACCCAAACACCAUUCCCUCUUUUCCCUCUGACCGUGCCCGUGGGUUCACUGGCUCUUCAGGUGCAUUGGCGGCAACAAGGCAGGGAUUGUCUCCAGAAAGAGCCCUGAGGUUUUCUUCCCCAUUUUAUGAAAAAAUAAACUAAGAGUCAGGAGACUCAGUUGGCCAAGGUGAGGUCUCCUGGCUCCUGGUUCUUGUUUCACCGCGUCAUCCUGCUGUCCGAUGAAUAAACUGUUACUAACUUGUUUACUUUGGAAGAGAUAUGACUGUAAAUAAAUAUUCUCUACAUGUUA